ACUGGGCGGGCAACGCAUGCGCGGGCGGCGGCAGCCUUAAGGGCGGCGGCGGCUGGGGUGGUGCAGUCGGCCUGUUAGCCGGCUUAGAGGCAGGGCCGGUAUCUCCCGCGGCGGCGUCGGUCAUGGCCGCGGAGGAGGAGGAGGUGGACUCGGCGGACACCUGCGAGAGGUCAGGAUGGCUAACUAGUUGGCUUCCCACAUGGUGUCCUACAUCUACAUCACACCUUAAAGAAGCUGAAGAGAAAAUAUUAAAAUGUGUCCCCUGCACAUACAAAAAAGAACCUGUUCGUAUAUCUAAUGGAAAUAAAAUAUGGACACUGAAGUUCUCUCAUAAUAUUGCAAAUAAGACUCCUCUUGUUCUCCUCCAUGGCUUUGGAGGAGGUCUUGGACUUUGGGCACUGAAUUUUGGAGAUCUUUGCACCAAUAGACCUGUCUAUGCUUUUGACCUGUUGGGCUUUGGGCGAAGUAGUAGACCGAGAUUUGACAGUGAUGCAGAGGAAGUGGAGAAUCAGUUUGUGGAAUCCAUUGAAGAGUGGAGAUAUGCCCUAGGAUUGGACAAAAUGAUCUUCCUUGGCCACAACCUAGGUGGGUUUUUGGCUGCUGCAUACUCACUGAAAUACCCAUCAAGGGUUAAUCAUCUUAUUUUAGUGGAGCCUUGGGGUUUUCCUGAGCGACCAGACCUUGCUGAUCAAGAAAGACCGAUUCCAGUCUGGAUCAGAGUCUUGGGAGCAGCACUGACUCCCUUUAACCCUCUAGCUGGCCUCAGGAUUGCAGGGCCCUUUGGUUUAAGUCUAGUGCAGCGUUUAAGGCCAGACUUCAAACGGAAGUAUUCUUCAAUGUUUGAGGAUGAUACUGUGACAGAAUACAUCUACCACUGUAAUGUACAGACUCCGAGUGGUGAGACAGCAUUCAAAAAUAUGACUAUUCCUUAUGGAUGGGCAAAAAGGCCAAUGCUGCAGCGAAUUGGUAAAAUGCAGCCUGACAUUCCAGUUUCAGUGAUCUAUGGUGCCCGAUCCUGCAUAGAUGGCAGUUCUGGCACCAGCAUCCAGUCAUUGCGACCACAUUCAUAUGUGAAGACGAUAGCCAUUCUUGGGGCAGGGCAUUAUGUAUAUGCAGAUCAACCAGACGACUUCAACCAGAAAGUAAAGGAGAUCUGUGACAGUGUGGACUGAGCACACGGAAGGUGAUAACAUGCUAACUGAUAAAUGUCCUCAGUAGUGGUGCACUAUGGUGAAGAAUGAGGAAUGGUCUUCUUGCCUGUAUGUUGCACAUGUUUUUUUAUGAAGCACAUUCAAACCAGUUAGUGCCUUCUAGAAGAAAGGCUUUCCUUUCUUCUAUACAAAAUAGAAACACACAAGAGGCUCCGAAUCUGACAGCUCUAAUAAAAUGUUGAUUGUCCUGCUACUGUACUGAAAUAUUUUAAUUUUUCAACUGAAAGUAUCUUCAUUUCUAUCUAAUUCUGUUACGUCAAGCACUUUUUAUAUUACAGUGUAUAUUGCCAAUUUUAAAA